CAGAUGUCGCGUGUGUACGUUGGUAAUUUGGAUCCACGAGUCACUGAGCGUGAGCUCGAGGAUGAGUUUCGCGUCUAUGGAGUCAUCAAGAGUGUUUGGGUUGCAAGACGUCCACCUGGCUACGCUUUUCUUGAUUUUGAAGACUCAAGAGAUGCCCGUGACGCCAUUCGUGAUUUAGAUGGCAAGAAUGGAUGGAGAGUAGAGGAGUCUCAUAACCGUGGCGGUGGUGGAGGCCGUGGUGGUCGUGGAGGAGGUGAUGGUGGUCGUGGCCGUGGUGGUUCUGAUUUGAAGUGUUAUGAGUGUGGAGAGUCUGGUCACUUUGCACGUGAAUGCCGCUCUCGUGGUGGUGGUGGUGGUGGUGGGAGGAGGCGUAGUCCUUCUCCUCGUGGUCGCAGUCCUCCGAGAUACAGGAAGAGCCCAACUUAUGGUGGAGGGCGCAGGAGUUACAGCCCUCGUGCAAGAUCUCCUCCUCCUCCAAGGCGUCGCAGUCCUUCUCCUCGUGGCCGCAACUACAGUAGGUCACCUCCACCUUACAGAGGACGUGAUGAAGUGCCAUAUACUAAUGGAAAUGGUCUGAAAGAUGUGCGCAGAAGCCGGAGCUAAAUGAUGAGGGAUGGAUGAGGAGACGACUGUUUGCUUGCGACGUCAAGAGGACAGCUUAAGAGAAACUAGUAUCUUUGAAUUUCAUCAAAAGAAUCAUGUUUAAGGUGUUGGAUGGAUUGGAUAUGGUUGCUACUUUUGUCUACUGUUAGGUUUCUUCCGUGUUUCUACUGCUUCAUUGCUUAUCUCUGCUUCUCUACUCUACCAUGAAGCUUCGUUAAUUGAUUGACCUGCAAUGGCUUCUUCAUAAUAGUUUACUACGUUUUGGAUCAUAAUAUUUUCUUCGGGUUUCUACUGUUUUGUUGCUUAUCUCUGCUUCUCUGCUCUGCCCUGAGGAUUCUUCGUUAAAUGAUUGACCUGCAGUGGUAUCUUCAUAAUAGUUUACUUCUUUGUGGAUACCUUGUUCCUUAUGGUUUCUACUGCUUCAUUCCGUAUCUCUGCUUCUCUGCUCUGCCCUGAGGCUUCUUCUUAAUUGUUUGACACGCAAUGGUCUUCAUAAUAGUUUACUCGGUUGUGGAUCCCUACCUGUUUCUUCUGGUUUCUACUGCUUCAUUGCGUUUUUCUGCUCUGCUUGAUUGGCCUGCUAUGGCAUCUUCAUACUAGUCUACCACAUUGUGGAUCUUUACUACUUCCCCGAAUGUUUGAAAACUUCGUCGAUGCUGCCUUCUUCAAAACUCUUCUGGCCUUUAUUGUUUUCCUGAACUUAAGAGUUACUGAGCCGCUUCAACUUCAUUUGUUCACACUGGCAGGUAGUUAUUACCUUAGAGCAGGUUCAUUGCAUGUUGCUUAAUGAAAUUGUAAGAGUUGCUUAAUGAAUUUUUAACUAUUAAAAUUAAGGUAAAAGUUAAUGUUAAGAAACACUUA